AUGCCAAAGAAACUCCAAGAUUAUCUCUUCAAGAUCAAAAAACCGACCCCAAAAAUCCAUUUCCCCACCAACUCUUUCUCCUCCUCCAAAAGCUGGAUCCUCUCCGGCUGCCAAAACCCCAAAACGCUGUCGUUUGCCGUCGGUCGAAACGACGAAAAGAACGCCGCUCCUCGCGAAAACAACGACAUCUCGGCCAAACUCUCCGACAUCGACCGCUUCCUCUUCGAAAACUUCAAGUCACUCUACAUAAAAGACGAAGUCGUAGUCGACACAAGCACCGGUAAUCAAGAAAACCCAGGCGGGAUUCCAUUCGAAUCGCCCCGGUUCGGCGACCCGGUCCCGAAACUCUACCGGUCGAACCGGUUCUCCGUCUCGCCCGGAAUAUCGGGCUCGCUGAUCGAGGAAUCACGGACGAGCAUGGCCACCAGUACGACCUCAGGCGACGUCGUAUGCUCGAGGUCGUCCACGUCGACCGUCGAUCACGAUAGAAACGUCUCCGUUUCUCUCCCCGACGAAUGCGUCGCUGUUUUGGCGUACUCUCCGAGCCCUUACGAGGAGUUCCGAAGCUCCAUGUGCGAGAUGGUGGAGACUCGCCUGCGGCGCGGCGAGGACGUGGACUGGGGCUUCGUGGAGGAGCUUCUCUUCUGUUAUUUGAGUUUAAACGACAAGAAAUCUCACAAGCAUAUUCUCAGCGCUUUCGUGGAUUUGGUCGUCGAUUUGCGACGACGACGACGCCGUUGGGAUUCUGAAUGCGGAUCAUCGGCUGCGGAGAGAUCACGGAAUUACAGAACCAGGAGAAAAUUGAAGUGA